CCUUUAUAUCUGGUUGGCAAACGAACACGCGCUGAGAAAGAGGGCGGUACGGACCUUUAUCAACACACACACACUAGUGGCACCGAAACGAUCGAAACCAUGUCCGGAAAACCAGUUCGAUUCGGAAUCCUGGGCUGCGCUAACAUAGCGCGCAAGGUGUCUCGGGCCAUCAACCUCGCCCCGAACGCCGCCCUCCUCGCCAUCGGCAGCCGCUCGAUAGACACGGCCACGAGGUUCGCCUCUGAGAACGGCUUCCCGGCUUCCGUCAGGGUCUACGGAAGCUACGAAGCCGUGCUCGACGACCCCGACGUGGACGCCGUCUACGUGCCCCUCCCCACGAGCCUGCACCUCAAGUGGGCCGUUUCGGCCGCCGACAAGAAGAAGCACCUCCUGCUAGAAAAGCCGGUGGCGCUCGAUGCGUCGGAGCUGGAUGUGAUUCUCAAGGCGUGUGAACACAAUGGCGUGCAGUACAUGGACUCUACCAUGUGGAUGCACCAUCCCAGGACGGCUCAGAUGAAGGACUUCCUGUCCGAUCCGCAGCGCUUUGGCCAACUCAAAUCGGUCCACAGCAUCUUCUGCUACAACCCUGGCCCUGACUUCCUCGUCAACGACAUCCGUAUCAAGCCGGAUCUUGAUGCUCUCGGCUCCCUUGGGGAUGCCGGAUGGUACUGCCUCCGGGCGAUUCUCUGGGCAGCCGACUACUGCCUGCCCGAAAAAGUAACAGCUUUGCCCAACACCGAAUUCAACAAAUCAGGGGUGAUCAUAUCCUGCGGCGCUUCCUUGAGUUGGGGCGACGAGAAAAUCGCAACCUUCUACUGCUCUUUCCUCACCAACUUAACCAUGGACAUAACUUGUGCUGGAACCAAUGGGUAUUUGCGCCUCCACGACUUUGUUAUACCGUUUCAGGAAAACGUUGUGUCGUUUUAUGAUGUUUCUAGUUCCAGAUUUGCGACACUUGCCCUAGGGAUUGAACCAAUUCCGAGUGAGCAUAAGGUCGCUACCGAUCUUCCCCAGGAAGCUCUUAUGGUGAGGGAGUUUGCACGUUUGGUCGCGAGUAUUGGAGAAAAUGGUACAGAACCUGAGAAGAAAUGGGCAAUUAUUAGUAGGAAGACGCAACUCGUUGUGGACGCAGUGAAGGCGUCGAUCGACAGGGGUUUUGAGCCCGUUGGGGUUGGGAGUUAGGUUAGCUCCUGAAACCUCGUCUUCGGUAACCACGUCGAAGUCACCUGCUGUUAUGUUUCUAGUACUGUGUUUGUUCCUGUGGUUGUGUCGAUCUGGGGGCUUAAAUGGUCAGUUUUGAGAAAUAAAAUUAGCCUAAUGUGUGACACUUAGCUAGGUUACCAUAAUAAGGAAUGGAGUGAUGCCAGCGUCUGCUUCUUUGUUGUCA